AUGGCUUCACUUAAUUCAUAUUAUAACUUCACCAUCUUGCUUAUCAUAGUUCUAGUGAACCACUUGAUGUGUUCAGUUUCUUGCUUCAAUCAACCGCAGCCUGCAAUUCCUUCAAGGGACUUGUUAUAUGAAGAGGAAAACAGGUUAGGUUCAAUUCCUCCUAGAUGCCACAACAAGUGCAACCAGUGUCAUCCAUGCAUGGCAGUGCAAGUUCCAGACUUGCCUAGCCAUGAGCGGGUUCAGCCAGAUCUUGCCAUGGAAAGUUUCUUUCUUCAAGGUAAUAGGUACUCCAAUUACAAGCCUUUGAGUUGGAAAUGCCAUUGUGGUGGCCACUUCUUCAACCCUUAG